GUCAUCUAGGCACCGAAUAUUGUAGUCACAGCAUCCAUCCAUUUUUUUUUUAUUUCUUUUCACCAUCGUUAUGCAACAAGGCAGGCUAACAAAAGAAGAGUAUCGACAAGCCAAAGAUCUUGACGCAGCUCGUAAGGCUGGCACAGCACCUGCAGAAAUAGAUGAUGAGGGUAACGAAAUCAAUCCUCACACCCCACAAUUUAUGUUAAAGGCACCUUGGUAUGUGGAUAACGGUAAAGUUUCGUUGAAGCAUCAAAGAGCACCAGAAAAGCGUAAAGCACCCAAAUUCACAGCGGACGAUAAUUAUUGGUAUGCUAGAGGAAAGAGAGCUGGACCUGCGGCAACCAAAUACCGUAAAGGUGCUUGUGAAAACUGUGGUGCAAUCACGCACAAAACAAAAGAUUGUGUUGAAAGACCACGUAAGAAGGGUGCUAAAUGGACAGGCGAGAACAUAAAAGCAGAUGAAAUUGUUCAAAAUGUAGAACUCGAUUGGGAUGAAAAGCGUGAUCGUUGGAAUGGCUACGAUCCUAGAGAACAUGAUAAAGUCAUUGAAGAAUACAACAAGAUUGAAGAAGCAAGAAAGCAACUAAAAGCAUCAGAGCUUGACAAACAAGGUCCCACAACGACUUCAGAAGCUAAGAAGAUUGCAGGAUUAUCUGAUGAUGAGACUGAUGAAGAUGAUGAUAAAUAUGCAGAUGGUGCAGACAUGCCAGGUCAACAUGUGAACCAAAAGACAAGAACAACAAUUCGUAAUUUGAGAAUUCGUGAAGAUACAGCCAAAUACUUGCUCAAUUUGAAUCCUGACUCUGCAUUUUAUGACCCCAAGACACGUUCUAUGCGUGACAAUCCAUUGGAAUCUCAAAAGAAUGAUGAUUUGGACUAUGCUGGCGAUAAUUUUGUCAGAUAUACAGGUGAUGCUCCUGAAAUGGCCAAGGUUCAAUUGUUUGCCUGGCAAGCUUCAGAAAGAGGCAAUGAUGUUCAUCUUCAAGCCAAUCCUACUCAAGUUGCCAUCCUUCACAAGGAAUACGAAUCAAAGAAGGACCAAGUGAGGAGUACAACACAAAAGAGUAUUUUGGAGAAAUACGGUGGUGAAGAAUAUCUUGAGGCGCCCCCCAAAGAAUUGUUAUUAGCACAAAAUGAAAAUUAUGUUGAAUAUUCAAGAGCUGGUAGAGUCAUUAAGGGUCAAGAAAGAGCCAAGGCUAGAUCAAAAUACGAAGAAGAUGUUUUUAUCAAUAAUCACACUUCAGUAUGGGGAUCUUAUUGGUCAGAAGGACAAUGGGGCUAUAAAUGCUGUAGAUCAAAUAUGAAGAAUUCUUAUUGUACAGGACAAGCCGGUAUUGAAGCUCAAAAGGCUUCACAGCUUCUCAAGUAAAUAAAUUUUUCUUUUUUUCUUGUCUUUGUCUCUCUCUCUCUCUUGAUCUCGGUCACUUAUGAAUACAUAUACUCUUCUUUACUAUGGUAUUAUCUUGUUCCUUAUCUAUAUCUUGUCAAGAUUACGCCGUCUAUUUAAAGCGCGUAAAAGACUAACACGCAAUUUGCGUACACAGUUACAAUAAAAAUGAGUCAUUUUUCAUUUUCCCAC